AUGGUCAGCCAAGUGACGUUUCAACCGCCUGAACAGGAGAAAAUAUUCGCUGUUACUUUUGCCGAGGAGCGACGUUAUCCGUGGCUCUAUCGCGAACAAGCUUUGAAAAAAAACGAAGAAACACGAAAACACAACGGAAAGAGGCCGAAGGUUACUGUUUCGGCGCCCGUCAAACGAUACAGACAGCUUCGGAGAAACGCUAGAGAAAGGGAAAGACAAGGCCGACUAAACAGCGCUUUCGAUGUGCUUCGCAGUGUUAUUCCAGAUUAUUUAUCGGGGAAAGGACCUGAUGGAAAGCUAACUCAGAUUGAAACUCUCAGAUUGGCUACGAAUUACAUUGAAGCUUUGUCUGAACUGCUCGAUGAUAAUGAUCAGACUUCAAUGAGCGAUUUCUGCGGUUGUGGAUAUUUUAGAGAAAAUGACAAUUUCUCUUUCAAUGACUUCACCUGUUUAACAGAUAUAUAA